AUGUGAGAAGAUAUGAGGCUCAAUAGUGUUUAUGUUGAUGGAGUAUUGAAUGACGUAGCCCAGUGCUUCCUUCAAAACUAUCUCCAAACAAAAUUAAUCAUUUCAUAUAGUCUUUGGAAUUGGUAUAUCCACAAUCAGACAAGAUUCACAGGAACUGAAAUCACCCCUGUUGUCUUGAAGACACAAGCUGAAGUAAAGAAGGUGAUUCAUGAAGAAGGAAGUGUCCCAGUCCUCAGAACCUCAGAAGGAAACAUUACUGGAUCAACAAGUAUUGCCAGAUACUUUGCUCUCAGUUCCAAGCCAGAGCUUCUAGGAGAAGAUGAUAUACAGAAGACUAAAGUUGAUGAGUAUCUAAAUCUUAUUGACUUAGAAAUCCUUCCAAACUCCAGAGGUAUUACUUAUCUACUAACUGGAAGAGCUCCUUGUGAAAGUCAACAUAAGCUCAACGUUAUCGUCACUGAGCUUAAGAAGAAGCUUGAAGGAUAUAACAAGGUUCUGGAAGGACAAGACUUCCUCCUCGGUUCUACUGUUACCCUAGCUGAUCUCCAGCUUGCUACCUACAUCGCCUUCCCUCUCUCCUUUGUAAUGAAUGCUCAGUGGAGAAACAAGGUCCUCAACUUGGUAAACUGGUUCUACAGAGUAACCGGUCUUGAAGGCCACUACGAAGCUACCUUCGGAAAAGUAAAGUUUAAUACCAAGGUUCUCCAAGCUCCAAAGCCUCCUAAGGUUGAUAAGAAGAAAAAGGAUAACAAGAAGGAAUCCAAGGAAGAAAAGAAGGAUAAGAAGGAAAAGAAAGAGAAGAAGAAGGAGAAGAAGAAAGACGAUCUCCCACCAACUAAACUGAAUCUUGAUGACUUCAAGAGAUUCAUUGUGAACAACAAGGAACCAGCCAAGGCUGCUGAAUGGCUUGAGAAAGAAUUUGAGAAGGAUGCCUGGUCUAUCUAUCACCUCAAGUAUGAUAUCUACAAGGACGAGGGUACCAAACUCCACAUCACUAGUAAUUUAAUGAAUGGCUUCGUUGAAAGAGCUGAGGCUUGUAGAAGAGGAGCCUUCGGAAUCCACUGCGUGCUUGGUGAAGAGCCAAACCUUGGAAUCGAAGGUAUCUGGAUGUGGAGAGGUCAAGAUGUCAUGAAGGAAAUGAAAGAGCACCCAACCUAUGAAUAUUAUGAAGGAAAGAAGCUUGACACUACCAAUAAGGAUCAUGCUGCCUUAAUUGUUGAUUUCUGGACCAAGUAUGAAGGAGAAAAGAUCAAAGACAGAACUAUCCAAAGAAGAACUCAUAUGUAG